AGAACCCAACUGAAUAUCUUGUAUUUAUUUAUUUCUUUUCCAAACAAUUUUUGAUGAAAAAUAAAGGGGAUGAUGUCUAUAGUUUCGCUUGCUUAGAACGAAAAAUAUGUAAAAAAGAUUACUUGCUUCCUUGUGUCAGUUUCCUUUAAUUCAAGAAUCCUACUUGUACUUCUCAUCAAGUUAUCACCUCUCUCUCUCAUUUAGAAACACUCAUAAUUUCUCUUUUCUUGCUAUCAGUAGUCUAUCACACAAGUCUUUUCUCAUUUUGUUGGUGCUUUAAUGUCUUAUCACCACUAUGAAACCAACCCUCAUCUUGUUCAGUUUUCCUCGCAGGAUCAACAUCCCGGUGGUCCCUCUACCUCAUGGCCCUCUCCGGACCACCACCAGAACCCACAGGCUCAUCCUGUUGCUCCAUCAGGGCCUAGAAUAAAGACUAGAGGUCGCCACCAGAGUGAGCCACCUGAACUUAUUCAUGAGCCGCCUUCCUCAAGACCCAUGCCACUGAGGCCAGAAGAACCGUUACCACCACGCCGUAAUCCAAACCCUGGUAGGCCAUCGCUAUUGAGCCCUGAAGAUCAACAACGACCUCAACCCAACGGUGGCCAUGGACCUGAACCAACUCCAUGGAGGACGGCUCCAACACGACCAACGCACCAUCAACAAGGUCCAAAGAGGACCAAACCCAUGAAACUACCGGCUACAGUCUGCUGCGCAAUUCUCUUAGUCAUCCUGAUUCUCUCCGGCCUCGUCCUCCUCCUCGUCUACCUCAGCAACCGUCCACACACACCCUACUUCGCCAUCGCAGCAGCUAACCUAAACUCGGCGAAUCUCGAAAUGGGUUACGUUCUAAACGGAGAUCUCGCGGUUGUGGUAAACUUCACAAACCCAAGCAAGAAGAGAAGUGUCGACUUCAGCUACAUCAUGUUCGAGCUCUACUUUUACAACACGCUCAUAGCAACACAGCGCAUCGAGCCGUUCAUUGUUCCAAAGGGAAUGUCCAUGUUCACGAGCUUCCAUCUCGUGAGCAGUCAGGUCCCUAUUCAAAUGAUUCAGAGCCAGGAGCUGCAGUUACAGCUCGGAACAGGUCCUGUGUUGUUGAACCUGAGAGGAACGUUCCACGCUCGCUCGAACGUUGGGUCGUUGAUGAGAUACUCUUAUUGGUUGCACACGCGUUGCAGCAUCUCGUUGAAGAAUCCUCCUUUAGGGUACAUGCGAGCAAGAAGAUGCAUUACAAAACGCUAGCGUGUUGCCCUGCAACUUUCUGCGACUGAGUAUAUUACUUAAUUUUUUGUUUGACGCAUUUGAUGAUUAUAUAUGCAAACAUAUACUUUUGUAUUGUUUUCAUAUUUUUCUGCUACAUUUAGAAAUAAAACAAAAUUUUUGCAUAGGAAAAAAACCUUUGAUCUUGUAUCUUGAAUAACAGUAUUGAUCCAAAAUUGUAUUUAGUUUGAAUCUAACUGAUGCAGAUUCCUUAAAAAAAAACAUAAACAUUCCCUUAGUAGUUGUCUUACUUUUUAUAAAAGUGAUACAUGUUCGAAUAAAGUCUUUGCCUUUAUAAAACGUUACACGAGAAGAAAAGGAUCAUAUUGCAAACUCUCUUUUCUUUUUCUUGAAAAUCAUUGCAAUACAGUUUGGUUUGAUUAACAUUAACGCAUUAUCUAUACUAUUAAAGCAGAAUACUUCUUAUGAAUCUGCCCCUGAAUUUUUUCUAUUACUUACAAAACAUUUCAUUCUCUUUUUCAAUUAUUUUUUCAAUUGUUUUAAAUGUUUUUCGAAAAUAAAAAGCCCAACCAAUUUGCUACUUAUAUUUUUGGUUUUAAGCCCAUUAAGUCGUUUUAAAUCUCAUUUUGUAUUCAAAGAUUUACGGAAUCAAAUCAAAUAAAAAGAAGAUCUACCAACUUGAGAAACACGCAGAAAAAAGUUACUGAAUUUUCUAAAAACUAAUCUUAAAAUA